AUUUUUCGAGUAAAAAACCUGUGCCAUUCCAUUCGUGUUGUUUCUCAGCAUUUUACUAAUUUUUUUUUCAACUCACAAUUCAUGAGUGAUGACAAAUUGAAGAAGCACUUCCGUGAGUCUUAAUUAAAGAGAUUAAAGAGACACACCAUUCAUUCGCUCACUCAUUUCAUUUCAAACAAUGUCAAUCGCUGCUUCAGCUUCUUCACAUGCUUGUAUUUCCUCAAUCCCCACAUGCAUCCCCUCUUCCUCUUCCAAAUUCUCUUCUUCGCUGACACUUUCUUCACUCCAAAGAGGCUCAAAUAAGAGAUCGGGAUGCAGAGCCAUGGUUCAACAAGCCGUUCAGGGUGCCCCUGCUGCGUAUGCCAAAGAAAUGGAACGCCUUUCUGCCAAAGAAUCGCUUCUUCUUGCUUUUAAAGAUGCAGGGGGUUUUGAGGCCUUGGUCUCCGGGAAGACUACGGAAUGGCAAAAGAUUGAUGUGAAUGAAAGGAUAACUGGUCUUGAGAGGCUCAAUCCAACACCUCGCCCCACAACGUCACCCUUCUUGGAGGGGCAAUGGAACUUUGAGUGGUUUGGUUCUGGAAGUCCAGGCUUGUUUGCUGCUAGGUUUAUAUUUGAAAUCUUUCCUUCAACUUUGGCUAAUUUGUCAAAAAUGGAUGUCGUUAUUAAAGAUGGAAAUGCGAAGAUUACUGCAAAUAUGAGAUUAUUAAACUCGAUAGAAAACAAAGUCAUUCUCUCAACCAAAUUAUCUGUGGAGGGGCCACUUAGAAUGAAAGAAGAGUAUGUUGAAGGGGUUCUUGUGACACCAACAAUUAUUGAAGAGAGAGUACCAGAACAACUUAAAGGUGCACUGGGGCAGGCAGCUAAUGCUUUACAACAACUUCCUACCCCUAUAUGGGAUCCUGUUGCCAGUGGGCUGAAAGUUCCUCUAAGUGGGAGCUUUCAAAGACUCUUCAUGAUUUCUUAUCUCGAUGAGGAGAUACUUAUAAUAAGGAACACAGCCGGGAUUCCAGAAGUUUUAACGAGGUUGGAUGCAGCACCAUCUUCCUUGGGAGAUUCAAGUCCAGAGUAUGAAAGCUAGGAAAUGGGAAGUGAAUUUUGCCCCACCUUAAUCAUGGUGAUGAGUCAAAUUUCUGUUCCUCUCAGCCGUGGACAGCUUCUGUUUCUUUCUCACUGAAGACUCCUUUUGGUUUUUCCAGAGAGGGUAGAAAUGUGAAUAUGGGUUGAAGCCUGACAAAUUCUUACAAAACCUUGUAUUUCAUUUUUAGUUUCACAACAGAGUGGUUCUUUGAUGUAGAAAUUGCAUAAUGCUACUCAUGCAACCACCAAUAGUGAAAUAAAAUGCAAAUUGUCUCUGCCUGUGAUCCAUAUAGAUAUUCUAUAGAAAUUCUCUGGCCUUUAUUUUUUAUUGUUUUUCAUUUUCCCUGGCUGACAACUGAUUGGGUCAGUGCCAAUGGUUCGAGAAAAAUAAAAUGAUACAAUUUUAUGCUAA